UUUUCCUGAUCCCGGCGCCGGAAGCCUUCCCCUUCCUCUUCCUGCUGAGCGCCAGCGCCGGUGUGUCACGGCAGACACUGCCGGACUGGAGGAAGCAGCCGGACUGAAGGAAACAGAGACUGAGCUGAAUCGUAUUCUGUAAGCUACGCGUAUUCUUGUAAGCGGAAACGCAUUCUGGGUGUGUGGGACCCAUGUAUCAGGGUUGUCUAGUCAGGCUUAUAAGCCGGGACGCCGAACUGUAAACACUAUCUACAUCUGGAAUAGAAAACCACAAACCUGGCAGCCCUCCGGCUGAUCCAGCGUCUUCCUCGCCAUCGCCGACACGCUCACCGGCGAUCCACUGCUCGGCUCACGUCCGGCGUAGGCACGUCGUGGCCACGGGUCGUCACAGUUGGUAUCAAGAGCCUGGGAUUCCUCAACCGGGUUGGAUCGUCGACUCGGCGUCAGGAAGGCGGGAAAUUUUUUUCCGACUCAAGUUGCAAGCUUUCGCCGCGGCAGCAGCGUCUUCAACCCCGUCUCGUCGCGGCCACGACGAGACCACCCUCGAUCAUCCGCCACGGCUCCACCAGGGACUUUUUAGUUAGGCACACCCUGUAUUCUAAUCUUGGGUCUUCACCGCAUGGAAACAUUGAUGUACAGCACCACAAUAGAGAGUAGAUUAAGAUGGGUCUCAAUGCCGUGGUGGCCGCUUGCUACGCCCUUCCAGUACUCAUCUCUGUGCUCACAGUCCGCUUCUUCUACGUGUUGUGGCACAGUGGCCAAUCAGCAUCGAGACCACGCAACACCAGAUUGCGUUGUCUCAUCAUCCUUGGCUCCGGAGGGCAUACCGCAGAAAUGAUGAAUAUUGUAACAACGCUUCAGAAGGAUAGGUUCACACCAAGAUAUUAUGUGGCUGCACUUACUGACAACAUGAGUCUUCAAAAGGCAGAGGUCUAUGAACAAUCGCUUAUUCAGAGCGAUGGAAUGAAGACUGCCGAGAGUGCUCAUUUCAUGCAGAUAUAUCGUAGCCGUGAAGUAGGCCAAUCUUACAUUACAUCCAUCGCAACAACAUUGCUAGCCACAUUGCAUGCUAUGUGGCUAGUAAUAAGAAUCAGACCACAAGUGAUAUUUUGCAAUGGUCCAGGGACAUGCUUUCCUCUAUGCAUCUCGGCGUUCCUUCUGAAGGUGCUUGGUUUGGGAUGGUGCUCCAUUUUCUACAUUGAAAGCAUUGCAAGAGUGAAGAAGCUGUCAUUGAGCGGUUUACUGUUGUACAAGCUACGGAUAGCUGACCAGUUCUUUGUGCAGUGGCCCCAGCUGCAGCAUAAGUAUCCUCGAGCAUGCUACGCAGGUCGUUUGAUGUGAAGAUUCCACCAUAACUAAGGGGUUCAGAAUACAAUGACAAUAUAUGUAUACUUCGACAAAUACAAAUGUGGCUGCCUUAAAAAGAAAGGCUUUACAACAAACAACGCAUUUCAUAUAUGCGGGCAUGGAAAUGCUAGUUACGCAUAUAGUGUUUUGGUUUUGGGAGUUUACCAUUCUAGAUGGGAUGGUUCAUUGUAAGUUCAAACCUCAAAUUGAGUGAAAUGACUCCGUUUCUCGUGCUAAUACUGAUGAUUAGCCUA